UCUCCAGAGGAAAAAUGCAGGGCUUGUCCUUCACCAUGACGUCAGAUCUGUCUUUAAUAAAAUCCCCAAAGAGCCAAGAGAAAAAGGCAGAGUGCCUACGCUAGGUUGCCAGAUCAGGAUUGCUCUGCAUUCCCCAAAGUGGUGUUUUUGUUCAAAACGGCUCUAAAUCUGGGUUCAAUCAAAUGUAUUUAAUCCCGGCUUCCAGGGAUGAGGUGGCUUUUGCCCUGGAUUCUAGCAGCAAGCAGCAUUUUGCAGGUGAACUGGUUCAGGUACUGUAUGGCAUUUCACACCUGACUAUCACCAAGCCUGAGUUGGGGAGCUGGGCCUUUGCCCAGACCUCCAUCACCACCAUGACCCCCACUGUCCCGGCCACGACAGAGACCUACACACGGACCCAGUACUGCAAGUGGCCGUGCGAGUGCCCCAAGUCCCCACCACGGUGCUCCGUGGGCGUCAGCCUGGUCACGGACGGCUGUGAGUGCUGCAAGACCUGUGCCAGGCAGCGUGGAGAGACCUGCACGGAAGCUGACACAUGUGAUUUCCACAGGGGCUUGUACUGUGACUACAGCGGAGACAGACCUAGGUACGAAAUAGGAGUAUGUGCACAGAUUGUUGGUGUAGGAUGUGUCCUCAAUGGAGUCAGGUAUAAGAAUGGGGAGGCGUUUCAGCCCAACUGCAAAUACAACUGCACGUGCAUUAACGGGGCUGUGGGCUGUAUUCCCAUGUGCACAAACUCACGUCCUCCCCUUGUCUGGUGCCCAAACCCAAAGCUGAUUAAGAUGGCAGGGAAGUGCUGCGAGCAGUGGGUUUGCGAUGACUCCAGGAAAAUCAGGAAGACAUCUCCGCGUCACAUCUCCUCUGCAGCCUAUGAGGGAGAGGAUGAAGCCUGGCAGAAGAACUGCAUCAUUCACACCUCACCCUGGAGUCCCUGCUCAAAGACCUGUGGGCUGGGCAUCUCCACCAGGAUUUCAAACGACAACGACCAGUGCCGGCUCCUGAAGGAAAGCCGCUUGUGCAACAUGAGGCCCUGUGAGGUGGAUAUAACCCAGCACAUCAAGCCUGGAAAGAAGUGUUUGGCUGUCUACAGGGCCAAUGAACCCAUGAACUACACCAUCUCAGGAUGUGUGAGCAAAAGUCCAUAUAGACCCAAAUAUUGCGGCGUCUGCACAGACAACAGGUGCUGCACACCCUACAAGUCCAAGACUAUUGAAGUGAGGUUUCAGUGCCCAGAUGGAACUGAGUUUUCCUGGAAAAUCAUGUGGAUCAAUGCUUGUUUUUGCAACCUGAACUGCAGGAACCCCAAUGACAUCUUUGCCGACUUGGCUCAUUACCACGAUUACUCUGAAAUCGCUAAUUAAAUUGGCUGAAUGCUUGAAUUGACCCAUUGCUCUGAUUUUACAGAGGUUUUAAAAUAAAAGGACAAUUUUCAUCCAC